AAACUUGUAGAUAAUCUUGUAACAGUAUUUGAAAUGGAUAACCCCCUAUUCUACCAAUUAUUUCAAAAAUAUACACUCACAGAAUUGCAUCAGGAAGGACUUAAUCGGCUAAUUGCUUGUUAUCCAGAUGGAAGAACAAUAAGACUUGUAAGAACGAAACUCAAAGAUUAUGAUAAAAAAAGCUCAAGAAAUGAGGUCGAAAAGGAAAUUAUACAACCAGUAGCAGAGAAUUCAAACGAAGAACCACCUACCACUGAACCACAACCUAAACGAAGAAAAACGACAGGUACCAAACACAGAACGACCAAUGAUGAAAUAACAAUCCUUUCUAUAUUGAAAAUACAUAAAAAUAACCUUCUGAAUAAAGCCAUUGCUUCCGUUCGUGAGAAAUUGUCAGAAGUUUGGACCAUAAAGAAG